UCCUCCCCACGUGUCUCGACAGCCCCAGCAACAUGGCAGCGACCUGAGAUUUCAGACGCCGCUGAAAAGCAAUGGCACGUUUUGAGUGAAAGUAUCAGACUUACCGGAGCAAUCAAGAAGAAAACGCUUAGCAGUUUGGACAUCGGAGGCCUGUUCCUCUCACCACUUUCCUCUCAGUCUGCUCAAUAUGGCCAGCGGGGAGGACGAUGACCCCAUCAUACAAGAGAUUGACGUAUACCUGGCUAAAAGCCUCGCAGACAAGCUCUACCUGUUUCAGUACCCAGUGCGUCCUGCCUCUAUGACAUACGAUGAAGUCACCCAUUUAUCUGCCAAAAUAAAACCAAAACAGCAGAAGGUGGAGCUUGAAAUGGCCAUCGACACGAUGAGCCCCAACUACUGUCGCAGUAAAGGGGAGCAGAUUGCGUUGAAUGUGGACGGCACCACAUCCGAAGACUCAAAUACCUACUCAGUGAAGAUGAUGGACAAACAGACAUUCUCAUCCAUCCAGGCCACCACCAACACCUCCCGUUAUGCUGCUGCUGUCUUCCGUAAAGGAGAGCUCCACCUCACCCCGUUGCACGGCAUCCUGCAGAUGCGCCCCAGCUUCUCCUACUUGGACAAGGCAGACAGCAAGCACCGCGAGAGGGAGGCUGCCAAUGAAGGUGGAGACUCCUCUCAGGACGAGGCAGAAGAUGAUGUCAAGCAGAUCACAGUGAGGUUCGCGCGGCCCGAGUCAGAGCAGGCCCGUCAGCGGCGCUUCCAGUCCUACGAGUUUCUGCAGAAGAAGCAGGCGGAGGAGCCGUGGGUCCACCUCCACUACCACGGCAUGAAGGAUGGCCGUUCGGAGCAUGAGAGGCAGUAUCUGUUCUGUCAGUCUAUGGGUGUGUCGGAGAAUACAGAGCUGGUGAAAACACCCAGUGAAUACCUGGCCAUGCUUAUGCCCCCUGUAGCAGAGGAGAAGAUUGUGAAGCCGGUUGGUCCCAGCAAUGUGCUGUCUAUGGCCCAGCUGAGAACCCUGCCACUGGGAGAGCAAGUGAGGACUCUGAUGAAAAAUGUUAAGGUCAUGCCCUUUGCCAAUCUGAUGGGGCUACUGACCUCAGGCACAGACUCCACUGCAGUACUGCGCUGUGUUCAGCAGGUGGCAAUGUUGGUCCAGGGGAACUGGGUCGUCAAGAGUGACGUGCUGUACCCUAAGAGCAGCUACAGUCCAUACAGUGGAGUGCCUGCAGAAGUGCUUUGCCGAGGCAGAGAUUAUGUGAUGUGGAGGUUCACACAAGAGCGCUCUGUGCUGCGAAAGGAGGUGGCAGCGGUAAUCAAGCUCCCCCCAGAGGACGUGAAGGACUUUCUGGAGCAAAUGUCUGUGCCCCGGGUUAACCGCGGCUGGGAGUUCCUCCUGCCCAGCGACACCGAGUUUGUGAGGAAGCACCCGGAUGUAGCGCAGCGACAGUACAUGCUCUGGCUCGGCAUCCAGGCCAAAUUGGAAAAGGUAUUCAACCUCUCCAAAGAAGACAUGAUGGCAAAAAGGCAGGAACCCCAAAUGGAAGCGGUGCAGGUGAGCGGUGAGCAGCGGCUGAAGGCCGCGCGAGAGCUGGCCAGAGAGAAAGAGGCCUCCCUGCAGAAGGACCUGGACCAGCGGCACCAGGGCGGGCCAAAGGGUGCCGCUGUGCAGGUGAAGGAGGAGCCGCUGAGCGACGCCGAGGAGCCCAUGGACACCUCUCUCCCCAACGGCUCCCUCAAUGGCUACCCGGGCGCUGGCUCCCCCACGGACCCUCUCAAUGGUCACGGCAGCCACGCCCCCACCCAAGAGCUCCUGGACUUUGUGGGGGCUACCUUUCGUAAACACUUUGUUCUGACUCUGAGCGAGGUGAAGCGUCUUUUCAACCUGCACCUAGCCAGCCUGCCCCCUGGACACUGCCUGUUUGGGGGCAUCUCUGACCGGCUGCUACAGGAUACCAUACUGCUGAGCCACUGCCGACAGAUCCUGGUGCCUUUUCCUGCUCAGAGCUCAGCUGCAGCGGACGAGCAAAAGGUUUUUGCAGUGUGGGAGACUGGAGAAACAUUCGACAAGCACCGCCAGGUCCUGUUUGAGAUCUUCAUGAAGAACUACCGUGUCAGAAGGAGCAUCAUCCAGACUCGGCUGACGCAAGAGCUGGGCGAUGCGGUCACCAAGGCGGAUGUCGAUAGGUUGCUCAAGGAGUGUUGUAUGAGCUAUGGAGGGAUGUGGUACCUGAAGGGCACAGUGCAGUCCUGACAGUAAGAGGCCACCCUGGGGGGUUCCAUCAUUCAGUCAUCUCCUCCAGAGCUCAGUGGGAGGGCUCUACAUGGGGAGGGAAGGCAGACACAUGGACCAAUCGCUGCCCUCCUGCCUCCAGCCAGUAGAGCGGGGGGGUUGGGGGACAAAGAUACCAGUUAUCUGCUCCAGACCAUAUGCCAUUGUUAAUUCACCUGAAGUCAUAACUGAGCUUGGAUAAAGCGGCAAAGAGAUAAAGAGCCAAAGCUUGAAUAGAUCACCGUGCGUAUUAUAAAAGGGCUGGAGGAUGACAUCUUUUUGGCAUAAAUGUGUAUAUAUAUUUUUGAGGACAGUGAGAGUAAAGUAUGCGGUUUAAGUGCUUGAACUCAAAAAGCAAUGCUUAAUUAUUUCUGAUUUAAUCUCACAAGAUGAAAGGCGGGAAAUAGAUUUGACCAAUAAAGAGGUGUAGUUUAUAAUAUGAGUUUAUCCUGAAUUUGGCCUCUGGAAAAGAAAGUAAAUCAACAGUGUGGUUUUUUUUCUGUUUCUCAGUUAUUUAUGAGGGAAUAUGCCUCUACUUUUGUCUUUGGCCUUAAGAUGUGAACCUCAUCAUUGGAGGCAUUUUUCUUUUGUGUUUCAUUUCUCUCACUUUGGAUGUCAGGAGACCACCGGAUGGGGUGUUUGGAAUUGGAAGCAGAACAUUUGGUAUCCAUGUAACUCCUUGUCACUCAGCACAUAUAUGCAAAUAAGAAAAAUAUACCACUUUUAAUGAAUCAAAGGGCAAAGAUUUAAUUUUUUGAAAUCUGAUUACCACCUGACUCCAGAGUGAUGCAAAAUAAAGUGAUAUUUUGUAGGAAACAGAUGUUCAGAAAGACAGUGUACAUGCUCUGUCCCUGUUCAUGUGGAUUUUAUUAUAUUCAUUUAAUAAUCCACUGACCCAGUAUUUACAAAAUGCACUUUGAUAUACUAAAUAUGACAAAUGGGGGAAAAUCUUCAUGUUUAACCAAAGUAAAAUACUGGGCAAUGAGUGGAUUUAUUUAUGUCCGAUGAUUUAAUUUCUGUAUGAAAUUUUUCUUCCUUCAGUAUCUUACUUUUCAAAUUCCU